AUGGCUCCAUCAGCGAAAAAACCACGGCUAUCAUCCGCCUCACAACGACAUGCUCCCGCGGCCGCCCCCUCACCGCAAUCGAGCAGCCUGUUCAGCCCGGGCGUGAACGGUACAACUCACACACCGGCCACAACCCACCCACCAGCAACAGCAGAAACACCGCCCCAAAAGACCAUUGACUGGGAUACUGUCGGGCCAGACUUCGAGUUCAAGAUAAAAGCAUACGCGCCCUCCAAAACCAAGAAGCGCAAGCGCGGCCGCAACGCCACGACCCCCCAGCCCAGCAAGGCACACUUCACGGACGCCCUCAGCGUCGUCUACUCCAUCACCCCCGCCACCCAUUGGGAAUCCACCUCCAAGUUCCGCAAAUUCACCAUUGCGAACGAGUCUUUCCAGCUGGGCGACGUCGUAUACAUUCACAACGACUCAGCGCUCGGACAGCCGUGGCUGGCCAAGGUGCUCGAGGUGCGCGCGGGAGAUGAACAACACGUCUACCUGCGCGUCUUCUGGCUAUAUCGCCCCGAGGAGCUGCCGAACGGCGGGCGGCGCCCCUACCACGGCCGCAACGAGCUCAUCGCCUCGAACGACAUGCAGAUCGUCGACGCCAUGACGGUCGAUGGCCAGGUGGAGGUCAGACACUGGGACGAGGCGGACGAGCAGGAGGAGCUGUUCCCAGCCGACCAGCUGUUCUGGCGCCAGACGUGGGAUGCGCAGCGGGGUGUCCUCAGCGCCCCGCGCGAACACUGUGUGUGCCGCAGGCCGUUUAAUCCGGACAGGUUGCUGAUCGCGUGCGGGAGCUGCAAACUGUGGAUGCAUGCCGAGUGCAUCGUCGCGGAUGCGGUGCAGCGCGCGCACGAGAGGGAGGGACUGCCGGCGCCGCUCAUUGACAAAGAUGCGUUUGCGGAUGCUGGCGUGGUUGUCGAUGCUGCUGCCGUUACCAGCUCGAGCGUCCUCAACGGCGCGGGGAGCUCUCCCCUGCAGGCCUCUCCCCAGAAGAAGCGAGGACGGCCCAGGAAAAGCAGCGGCGUUAGCAAGGACGCGGCGCCGAUCCCUCCGGCCUUCACGGCAGAGCUGGUGACGAAGACCCCGGACACUAGCCAGGAGGACGGCGGUAAGAGGGGGAUUCUGGGCGGCCUGCUUAACAACAAGGCGGGUACAGAGAAGAGGACCAAGAUUGUAAUUACGGAUAUAAGAAAAGGAGGAGGUGGUGCCUCGUAUGAAGAACCGGUCAGGUGUCUUGCCUGUGGAGAGGAGGUUGUCUGA